AUGUUUAGAUUAUUUAAUUUAAAAUCUCGUCCAAAAUUUCAUAUACAAAUUACAAUUCAUCAUUUAAUUAAUGUUCCUCUUGUUUCAGGACAAAUGUUCAUUAAAUGGUAUUUAAAAGAUUCAAUAAGCACUAAAACAAGAGGAAAAUCACAAAAGGUUCCUAUAAAGAACCAUAAAGUUACAUGGGAUCAUGAUAUUUCGUGUGUUAUUUCUAUGAAGAUAGGAAAACAUCAACGUUUAUCAGAAAGUUGGAUGAUUUUUGAAGUUAAUCAAGAAUUGAGAUGCGCAAGUCAUCAAUUAGUUCUAGGAAGAGUUGAAAUUAAUCUUGCAGAAUACGUGGGAUUAUCGAAAGAAACAGGUUGUUAUCUUUUACAAAAUAGUAAAGUCAAUUCAUUACUUAAGAUCAGUAUUUCCAUAGAACAAAUAUGCGGAAAUACAGAUUAUAUUAUUAACCCUCCUCAAAAAAAACAAAUGUUUUAUGGAAUUGUGGACCUGAUGUCAAAACAUAGCAUUCCAAAUAAAGAAAAAAAUCAUUCGGAUAAUUUGAGCCCUAGAAAGCUAAAAGAUUUAAGCCCCUAUAUACAUGAAGAAGACAUAGUGACAAAUGAACCAUAUCUAUUAGAUGUAUCUGAUUCAUUUGAUAUCAUUGAGAAUAUAUUUAACGAAAAAAAUGAAUGGUUAAUGGAAUUACAACAUAAAAAUGAAAAAUCAUAUGAUAGCGAUGAUAGCAAAAAGAAUACAAAAAUAAUACAAGAAAUAAAGAGGAAUCAAAAAAAAGAAAUAAAAAUAGCACAAGAAUGGGAAAUCAAAGAAUUAAAGUAUGGAGUAAGUUGGUCUUUAAAUAAAAGCUCAAACAAAUCAUAUUAA